AUGGCUGCAGCUCUAAUCUCAACAUUGGCUGAAGCCGGCUCAUUAAAUAAUUUCAUUUCGUUGGCCACACUGGCGUUCCCCUCCUACGAUGGAGUUUUUCUCCCAAAGCAAGAAAAUGAAUUUAUUCACCAGGUUUUGGAUGAGCUCGAAACAUACCAAAAGAGUGUACUCCUUUUCCCACCUUUACCCAGCAGACUACGAUACCUGAUCCACAAGACAAUUGAGGACCUGCCUGAGCUUACCACGUUCUCAGUGGGUGAGAGCAAUUGUCGUCAGGUGGUCGUUUGCCCUUCAGAGCUGAGAGGCGAGGCUCAAGAAGAAGACAUUGACACAGAGAGCAACUCCAACUUGGAUGAAGAAGCUGUAAGAAGUAGUGAACGUAAAUCUUCUAGCCAGUCUCGAAUCAGAGCACCCAGGAGGCCAGACAAGGCACUUUACACCCCAAGAGCUGCUCGUCAGAGUCAGUUGAGCCAAGACUCUGAAGUAUCCGUAGAUGUCCAGCAGCCAACCACUUCAGCCUCCAUCACUAGUCUCUCGAACGCCUGUUCCUCCUCUGACAAAAAGUCAUCACUUGUAUUAAACAGCGAGUCCCUACCUCCUACAACAGAUGGCCCCCUUGCAAACAACACAUUUAUAGAAGGGGAAGCAAAGUUGUCAUUGAGUGUACAAAAGGAAGACUUCACACUUUGCUCCCUGAGUGAAAUGAGCUUGGAGGACGAUGCCACUGAGAACGAAGGUGUCAGAUGCAACCUGAUGGAAGAGAUCAAGACACACCUGAAAGAAACUGUGACUUUCAACGUGCAGCAUGUCGUGGAGGAUUACUCCACGUAUGAGAAUGUGCUCUUCAACCCUGAUGGUUAUGACCACGUUAUCGAGAUCUACGAUUUCCCUGCUUUGCUUAAAACAGAGGACCUCUUGGAUGCCUUUGCCGAAUACAGUGAUGGUGGAAUGAAGAUCAUGUGGGUGGACAACACACACGCUUUGGGCAUUUUUGCCACUGAGACAGCAGCCAUCCAUGCCCUCUCCAUCUGCCACCCACUGAUGAAGGCCCGAACACUAGCCGAAGGGAGUAAAAAGGCCAAAGCGAAGGCCGUUAGACGAUUAGAGUUCAUCCAGCCGGUGAAGGAGCGUCCGAAGACGGACAGUGCUGUUGCUAGGCGAAUGGUCACCCGUGCCCUGGGCCUGAAUGGACGAAGGCAGUGGUUCAAAGAAAAAGAGUUGGCAAAUACAGGUGAACAAACUACAAAAAGUACGAAGUGA